UCACUGGGCGCUGGGCGGGGCUAGCAGGGGCCUGGCAGGGGCUUGGUAGGGCCCGGCAGGGUGCGGGUACUGUUCACCUUCACAUAUAUCCUUAUCAGAGGCAAGUGUGUAAAGCAAAAGUGAUAAAGUGUGCAGUAUAUCGGGCAGGUUUGGUAGUGGCUGCGCGGCGCGUCUGGCAGCGGCGCGGCGCAGUGCCCAGCCCGCCCAGCCCCAAUCAGCCGCGGGCAACCUGUGCUCCCAUCUCUCAACAUCCUUCACUACCACUAACUCUCACACACCUGGCGUCUGGGCAUCUCACCUCGCCCUCAAAACUCCUGUGUGGCGGUGAUACUUGGCUGUGCGUGGCUGUGAGGCGUCGCUGCGCUGAGAUAGUAACAAGCAGGUAUAGGCCUACUUAUGGGAAAGUGAAUUUAAAGGUGGGCACUGUCCCGAAAGCUGUGAGGAUUAGUGUCAAUUUGGCAUCUUGAGUGUGUAGUGGAUGUUGAGCCUCAGUCAAGUGUUGGUCACUCCAGUGGGCAGAGCAGUGGGCACGUCAGGCGUGUGGGUGAUGCGGCCACACUAACCAAACACAACACAGUGCUCUAGGGACGUUGCAGACCGAGGAUGUGAUAGAUCAGUGUUGCGAACCACCACCGACGCCAGCCACCGUGAUCAGUAGUGCCGGGCGCGAGGGAGCGAGGCCAGGCGGGACGGGGAAAGCUCCUACACCAAUCUUUGAGAGGCAGAGAAGAGAGCAAGCCAAACCCCAGGUACGUGUGGCGGAUGGCGAGGCGGUGGCGGGCUGUGACCACUUGACUCUAAAACCUUGGGAGACGUGGAACUAAGCUUGGGAAAAUAGAGAAACAGUAACAGCCAGGAUGGUGUUGAUAGUGGGCGAGCACCUGGUGAAGGAAGUGCCGUCCUCCACCUCAGGCAUCUACACCUCAUGGCCGCGGCUGAAGGAGACCGCCCACGCCCUUACCUCCAUGCUGACGGAGGAAGUGGGGCCUCAUGGGCUGCUGUAUCUUCGCCAGCGGGAGUAUGCGGUCACUGUGCCAAGGGAUGAAAACCUGGCUAUCCUUGGCACCGACGACGCCACCACCUCCGUCAUGGCGGUCCUCAGACACACGGGUUCCGGCGCAGUGGGACUCGCGCAUUUCGAUAAGUGCAGCCACGAUGAGUGUCUGAGCGGCCUGCACAUCUGCUCGCACGACGAUGGGGUGAUGCAUCUCCUCACCAGGAUCAACGAGCUGUCCAUGGGCUUCACCGAGGGCCGCCUGGAGCUGUGUGUCGUCGGAGGAUUCCAGGAUGUGCGCGGGAUCUGCGAGAAGGUUACGCUGUCCCUGCUGAACGCCUUCCACAAGAGCCCUCCACACAUCCACCUGCUGCUGCUGUGCACGGGGGAGGCAAACACCACGCUGCGGGGCAACAUCUCCUGGCCCAUGAUCAAGGGCAUUGGGGUCAGCACACAGAACGGCAAGAUAUUCCCUGCCACUUUCACAGACAAGGGACCUUACCUGGUGCUUCGUUCCACAAGAAUCUUUACAGGCGCCCAGCAGAUGGUGGACGUGUAUGACUGUGCCCUGGGUCUGCUGCGCAUUGGACCGUUCAACUAUGAGCCUCAUGCUGGGGUGGAGCUGCUGCUGCAACAGACAGACGACGUGAUCCUGCAGUGCCUCUCUACAACACCGGAGGUGGAGGGCCCCAGCUGGGUCAAAAUGGUGCGUGAGGUCCUGAAGCACAUCAAGGAGCACCCCUUCCCGGCCGUCACCAUCUUCCCAGACAACCGCCCUCACUACUUCCGCCGGGACAACCUGGGCACGUGGUCCCCCGCCGAGCUGCCCAACAACAAUGACUCCACACCUGAUGCCAAUGUGCAGGCCGCUGUGCAGGCCGUGGCUGCCACUGGAGCCUGGACGCAGGCCGGCGGUGUCACCACCACCUCGGCUCCCCCUACCCCAGCAGCUCUCUCCCCCGCACCAUGGGGUGCCUCAGUGCCCUCCAGGUAUGGCUCCUUGCACCUGGACUGCCGCCUCAAGACCCACCUGGCCGUGCCUCCUGUGGUCAACCCAGGCCAGCACUAUGAUGACCCACUCCUCAACCCUGUCAAGGACCGUUUCAUGCCUGCUUGGCAAGCCUCACAGUUGUGACCAUCCUCCUCCCCCUUCCACGACCCCUUUCCUCCGCCAGAAGGCAUGGGGGCAGGCUGAAUACCUGGCUGGGCGACGUGGCUCAGCGGCGGAGCACAGUCGCCAUCCUGCACCGGCCGCCAGAAUUCAUCGUGCCAAAUUGCAGAUUGUCACCCACUGCCCGCCGCCACACACCGCUGCCGCGCGCACCCUCUCUCCCGCUGCCGCGCUGCCCUCGUGUUGCUGCACGGCGCUGGUUUUUGUCCUCCUUCAUUCCAUUCCGUAUUGUAUUUUGCUUAGACUUAGGUUAGGAAAAAUUCUGUAAAUUAUUGAAGUAACAUGAUUUCUUCAACUGACAAAUGUGAAUUGUACAUAUUACUUACAUGUUUGUCGUAGCAUUUGAUUAGACUAAUUGUUGUACUUGUAGGGUUACUGGACGCAUCAGAAAUGUGGUUAGUGUAGGCAUGGAGGUGGCGUGGGCAGGCGGGGGCGGGUGUGGAGGCAGCAGGUGGGGUCUGGAUGCACCAUUCACCUGGGCUUGUCACCGACCUCCCCUUUUGUGUCUCUCUCUCCCCCUCCCAUCCCCAAUGUCCCUGUCUCUCUCUCUGUAUACCUAUCUCUGUUUUUUUCUGUGUGUAUAUGUUUUCUCUCUCUCUCUCUCUCUCUCUCUCUCUCUCUCUCUCUCUCUCUCUCUCUCUCUCUCUCUCUCUCUCUCUCUCUCUCUCUCUCUCUCUCUCUCUCUCUCUCUCUCUCUCUCUCUCUCUCUCUCUUUGUCCAAGGUGCAAUAUACACCCCAGGCUGGGGUCAUAAUCAAUAUAUCCAUAAUAGUUUUGUUGCAUUUUUUGUGUUAAGAUUCUUGAGUAACCAGAGUGAAGAAGAGAUUGUUUUGCUUUCUUUGUAUAUAGUGAUGCAUAUUGUAAAAAGAAGUGCAAUGGCCACAAGUACAGUCACACUGAAAAGUCCUUCACCCUCCUCAUUAUCUGCCAUUAAGGUGACUUGUUGGGUAUGCAUUUAAGGAAAGGAACAUUGUAAUGUCCUCCUUUCACUCAUCAGGCAGUCCACAGAAACAAUAAGAGAUUUAUCUAAAGGUGGGAUAGAUAUGUAGUCAUGAGAGGUCUUAGCUGAGGACUGAGUGUUUAAGAUUUUGUUGUUACCAUUGUUCUCCCAGUCACUGCAUGGGAAGGUCAAGCUAUGAGGGAAAUGUAGCAGAGGUUUAAUCAUACCCACUAUGUUAGGUUCCAUUCACACAUUACUGCUAUAGGUUAUCUCCCUCUGUCAGCACAUCAGGGGCCUUUACUCAUUACCAAGGGGAUGAGUCUAAGUUUAACAAGGUUGAUGAUGUAGUAAGACAUGAGCUGAUGGAUGGUUUAGCCCCACAAGUGAAGUCUAAUUCCACAUCCAGUACCACACACUCCCCAUGACCACUUCACUGCCCUUAGUGUGUAGAGCAUCCCAUAACCACCACCAGUAUAUCAUGAUCAAGUAAUCUUCCAUCAAACAUCUUAUAUUCCAUCAAAAGCUUACCAUUCUAUUUGUUAUCCUCGGAAUCUUCCAUAAUUCCCUUUUACUCUCCUAUAACUCACCAUAACCCUCCACAACUCUCGGAAAAUCCCAUGUAAUGCUGAAAACCACAGAAAAAUAAACAGAAACAACAUUAGUGAAAGAGUUAGGACUGGGCUGAUAUGUGACACUUCAGUGUGACUGUACUGAGCUGCACCAUACCAUGCAGAGGGCCAGGCAUUGAUCACCAUGGCAGCAGGUGAGGAGAGUCCUACCAUAGUUAUGUCCUGGAAACAAAAGGGAGCAUCAAACUGCUGCAGUAAAGUAAGGGAAGGAGUUCAUGGAGAGGCGAGAUAAAUGCUGGUUGAGGAUUCUGACAACUGGUGGUGUGCAAGUGAAAGCUGGACGAUGAUUCUUAUUGCUGAGUGUACGUGGAAGUAUUCUUUUGUUUUGCUACUGGAUAUGCAUCAACUGGCACUUGUUUGAAGGCGUGUUGGCCAGACCUUCACUUUACUUUACUCAGCAGAUGGAAUCCCUUGAACCUACUGACUAGAACUGAUGAUACUGUUCAAUAAUUGUAAUUCCUUAUGCAUAUUAUGAAUUCAUCAUUGUAAUAUAUUAUGCGUGCUUUUUUAUUCUCUCUCUCUCUCUCUCUCUCUCUCUCUCUCUCUCUCUCUCUCUCUCUCUCUCUCUCUCUCUCUCUCUCUCUCUCUCUCUCUCUCUCUCUCUCUCUCUCUCUCUCUCUCUCUCUCUCUUGCUCAGCAUCUCUAAGUGUCUUUUUAGGGAACAUGUAGUGCUGUUUUCAUGAUAGUUUAACACGGCAGGUAUGCCGCAUGUAUUUGUGUAUUUGUUGGUUAUAUGAACUCCUACUUUCUUCUUUAGUGGAAUGAAUCUCUUGGUGAUCUGAUCCUGACUGUGUAGUGAAAAGUAAAGUUAAAAAAAAGGUGCAAGAAUUCCUUGAUGUGGUGUGGAGUAUCUGCAAAGGAUGGACAGCUUAUGGAAAAGGAAAAAAAGUACUGAGGCAAGGAAAGGAGUAAAUUGUUUAAGUUGACACUGACGUACUCUCAUGAAGCAUAUGCUGCUUGUACCAUGUGAGCUGCAUAAUACUGUCACACAGUCUUUGCUUUCUGUCAAGAAUCACAUCAGAAGAGCUGCAUAAUUACAUACUUAAUAUCAGUUUUGCAAGAUCUUUAUAAUGUUUUUCUCCAAUUCUCAAGUGAAUUUCUAUCAUUUAUUAUUCUUUUAUCUUUCAUAUAUACAUAUACUGUAUGUGUUUUUUUUUUUUUCACCUUUUUCAUUUUCUGUCUUGGAUCACAUGUGGAUUUGCAGUGCAGUCAUGUGGGUAUGACUUGUCUUAAUUUGUUGUGCACUGGCAUGAAUGUCCGUAAAAGACGAAGCUUUGAGACUGUGUGUUGUCCCCUGAGAGGUCGUGUUCCUGAACAAAUGUGUUGGUUGUAGAAACUACCUACUGAAAACCUUGAUUGAUUGUUAUGCCUCCUAUAUUAUAACUUCCUGCAUAGAUAUAAACAUUAGGCCUUCAUUAUGUUAGUUUUUUCUUCAUAAUCAUGCUUAUUUCAGCCAGAGUGUGUGUGUGUGUGUGUGUGUGUGUGUGUGUGUGUGUGUGUGUGUGUGUGUGUGUGUGUGUGUGUUAUUUGUAUCAAAGUUAGAUUGGCAGGUUCACUUUUCUUCUCAAUCCUGUGAGCUUGGGCUCCUGGUGUGUGGAUGGACAUGGCAAAAAAAAUUUUGAUGUUUUUAUUCUUUGAUCACUUUAUAAGGUACUCCAAACAAAAUUCAUAUUUCUUGGAAUACCCAUUAUAGAUAUAUUUACAAAUACUGGACGAAAGAUUUGUUGUAUACUGAUGCUUUCUUGAUUUCUUUCACUGAGACAACUGUAACAAUUGUAAUGCCCCUCUGGAGGUACACCAUGGAAAUACUGAACCAUUUAUCUGUAGGUGAAUGCAUUUACUGAUAGAUAUUUACCUGGGACCAAAUCUAUGACUGAGAAAGUGAAAUGCAGUACCUUUGGUGACAGGACCAUAAUACUGAACUGUCAGGUCCCAAGUUAACUUUUGGGAUCUUUGUGUAUCUGAUCACUACAAAAUCUGCUUUAUUGUAUUACUUUUAACAUUCAUAAGACUUAAAUUACUUUCAUAACAGGAAUAUCAGAUUGCCUCUGGAACUAAAUUAUCCUUUAUUUAUCAUGUAGCUCCUAGUGAAUUUCAUAUAACACCUGUAGAAAAAGAGAACAUUUUGAGGAGUGUUACCAAACAAAAGCUGCCAUAACAUCCCUCAUGAGCCACAGCUGAUAAGACAAGGUAACCAUAUUUCCUGAAACUUAAUGUGGAACUUCUUAUGAAAGAAAAUUUAGUUGAAUUAUUUAUAAGCUGAAAAAAAUCUUUUACUUAUAUAAUUACUGUCUUGACUUUUCAUGAGUGUUUUGAAAAAAUAAAUAAAUAAAUAGCAUACUAUAUAGAUAUAAAAGCUACAUUUCUCCAUUUGGAACAGAGAAACAUGGUCACCUUAGCAGGACACAACAUAUGCACCAGCUGAACACAAAACUUCCACAUUACACAUUCAUAAUUACUCACAUAUUGCAUUGGACACAACAGACUCUUGAUAUUACGUUAGUGGAUGUGUCCACCACAAAUGUACUUACUAGUAUAUGAGCUCUCUUGUAGUACUGUACCUGCCGAGUGGAAGAGGGAAGCAUAAUGCCAGGCUGGAAUAGUUACUGUCCCCACCAAUUUGUCUUUGCAAUGGUUACUGUCCUCACUAUGAACUGAUGAAGAUUCUUACAGUCAGGUGUGGCUUAGAUGUGUGUGUCCCUACAGAGCAUGAUUAGAAUGCAACACGAAUACCAGGAGCAGAAACUAAAGGCAACAUCCAUCAUACAAGUUAACAUCCUUCAGUCUUCAUUAUUUUGUAUUUUAUAGCAAACAUUGUCAUAUUUGCCUUUUGUUAUUGUUAUUGUUUUUUACAUCUUGUUGUUAUGUAAAGGCCUCUGAAGCUACUUGUAUGAACCAUUUAUGUAACUAAAGAACAUCCCGCAGGUGUUUUCAGGAUAGCUUAGGAACAAGAGAGUUUUCCAGAGUCAUAUCUAGGAUUCAUAAUGGCCAAAGGAACUUCCAGAAUUCUUAGGGACUUUAUUGUAUGAAGGUAUAAAGGUUAAGUUUUUUGAGGAAUUUAAAAUAUAUUGCCUACAGAGGAAUACCUAUAGGAAUGGGUCAUUGAUAAGAUUCAAGUGUCUGAGCAUUGCAAUAUCUAUUGGAGAGAGAGAUACUUGGAGAAACACAAGGGAAGCUGUAAGAAGCCAUCAGGAUAUUAGAAAAAAAAAAAAGAAAGAAAAUAUAGUAAUGACAUAUGUUUUGUACUAAGAUCCUCUCAGCAUUCUUUCCUGGACACACCUGUGGGACCAUCACCCUUAGAGAGGCUCAACUGCCACCCUCAUAGCCACUUAAACCCUAAACAUGAAAUACCACUUAAAAGAAAGUAAAUUAAGAAUGUCAGUUUUUAAGCUACACAAGUUAGAGACAAACCUUUAUUGUUUUUAUUGUCAUUAUUGAUAUUAUUAUUAUGUCAUUGUGAAGGCAUACUCCCUAAUCAUCUUUUAUGGUUCAGUGUAUUGUAUACUGAUUGUAAAGAAAUAUUUUGUUGCAUUA